AUGUCCCCGUCAGCCGUGCCGGGCGCGACGAGCGGUGCCCACACCAAUUGCAAAACAGCAACGACAUGCAAGACGUCUACGAUCAACAACAACAACAGCAGCAGCAGUAGCGGCGCCUCAGACAUCCCCGCCUGGGUCCAGCCCGAUCUCACCCGCCUCCUACGCGUAGAACACCACCCCGGCUCCUUCACCAGCCGCUCCGUCUCGCUCGUGACGCUCCCGCCCGGCGCCCUCUUCGCCCGCAUCACCAACCCGACGCCCGCGCCCGUCGCCUACUCGUCGGUCCAAGCCUCGCGCGACCUGCACAUCGAACUCAACUGCGACCUCGUCUACAUCAACCACAGCUGCAGUCCCAGCCUCGUCUUCGACAUGGCCCGCUGGGAAGUCCGCGUUAGCGACCGCGGGCCUGGCCUCACGCCCGGCGACGAACUCACGUUCUUCUACCCCAGCACAGAGUGGAGUAUGGCCCAGCCGUUUGAGUGUCUGUGCAAGACGAGCCAGUGCAAAGGCACCAUUACCGGCGCCCGUGAUAUGCCGCUUGAGACGCUGAGCAAGUAUUGGCUCAAUAGCCAUAUUGAGGAUUUGUUGGCUGAGAAGGCGGGUUGA